GUCUCAAAAGUCAAGUUGUUCUCAACCGCAUUGGAACAGACCUUCACUAGUGGAAAGAGAGCUGCUGAAACAAGGUUCACCAGUUGCAAGAUGAAGGGAAUUUUCGUCCUAAUCCUUGUGUGGGGGACUUCCUUCUCACUUGGUAAGAAAAUCCUCCUUCUCCCGCUAGUGACCAGGAGCCACGUUCUACAGUUGAGUUCAAUCGGAGAUGGGCUUCAGAAGAAGGGCCACGAAGUCCACAUAGUGGUCCACUCAGGUCUGAAGGUCCCAAGUAAUAUCCUAAAGUUGGGCAUGAAAAUCAUACGAUACAAAACUAAUGAUGAAGAAUUAAAAAUGGACUCCGUUGAGUUCCAAAAGAGCUUGGCUGAAGAAGGGAUGACUUCCGCAAAAGUGCGAAAAAUGUUGAAGAUCAUGUGGACAGAUAGUGAAAACAUGGUUGACAACCCCGACCUAAUUGAAAAGUUGAGAACGGAGAAGUUCGACUUCGCAGUUGUGGAUGGCCCUGGUGGCAUUAUUACCGGCCUGUACACCAUUCCAUAUAGACUGGGAAUAGAACAUGCAUCCAUAAGUCCAGUUAUGCCGUUCAAGACCUUGGCGAUGUCACUACAAGUUCCGUUUUUGAAUCCCUCACAGUUAGACCCAACAUUUUCUAUGGUUUCCACCUUCUGGCAGCGUCUUAAAUCGUUCUUGUAUUUCAACAUGAUAUCAGCGGUAUCGACGUGGACAUUUGAUGAGAGGAGAUUGAAAGCUACUUGUGAAACCCCGUUUGAGUCGCUCCAUGAUUUGAUGAUGAAGACACACCUUUGGCUGAUCGACCUCGACCCUUUGGUGGACGUGCCAAAACACCUGGCCCCAAAUAUGGUCAACGUUGGCGGCAUUGUAACAAGCCCACCGCUUCCAUUAGAAGAAGAGUUGAAAGUUUUUGCUGACAGCGCCACUGAGGGGUUGGUGGUCAUCACAUUCGGAGGAAGCAUCGGCUUCCUUCCCGUUGAUUAUGUCAACAGGAUCGUUCAGGCCGUCGAGAAGGUCAAGUACAAGGUCGUAUUCAGGCAAUUGACAAAACCAACGGUAAAAGUGCCUGCAAAUUUAAAGAUUUUUGACUGGGUGCCUCAGAAUGACUUAUUGGCUCACCCGAACACCAAAGUCUUCGUUACUCAUUGCGGCAGCAACGGCCAGCACGAGGCAGUGUAUCACGGAGUCCCUAUGCUAGGGGUUCCGUUAUGCACUGACCAACUCUACAAUGCUGCAAAACUCACCGCCAAAGGCCUAGGGAGAUAUCUGACACUCGCAACUGUCACUCCAGAGGAGCUAGCAGCCGCCAUUGAAGACGUCGCAACCAAUUCAAGGUACCGCGCGAACAUCCAGAAGGCUUCCACGAUCUUCAAGUCCCGUCCAAUGGCACCUCGAGAGAGGGCAGCGUACUGGAUCGAACACGUUAUGGAACACGGCUCGGAUCAUCUUCAGGCUUACACGAAUCAGUUGGCCUGGUACCAGAUUCUCCUGCUGGAUGUUAUGGCUUUCAUACUCGUGGUCGUGUUGUUAGUUUGUUUCAUCAUUUACAAGUGUGUGAGGUUUAUAUGCAGAAGAUGCCCUAGUACAUCACGGAAGGAAAAGGUAAACUAAAACUGCAUCACGAACAGGAUGCCAUGUAGGAGACGUCUCCCAAAACGCUGGCGAGGGAUUCUUUCUUUCUACCACGGUAAUUCUUGCAUAUAAAAGGUCAAGGAAAGCCGGUCGCCUUAUCACAUGCUGGUUGAGCAGCACAGUGAGAGGUUCUCAAAGCACAUAACGUCGUGCACUAUGAUACUAUGCACUAGAAGCUAGCUUGAUGAGUCAUCACUUGAACUCAGGUUUUUAAGGACUACUUGGCAUUGUUUCCAGAUACUAAUGAAACAGAGCUUCACAUUAAACAAGAUUUAGGAUCAUAUGUAAUUAUAUGGAUCAGAAGCAGCUGAAGAGUUUUUGAAACGUAGCCUAAACCAAGGAAAAAACAUGCUUCCUCGAAAAGGCAGGAUUGCACAUACGUCUUGCGAAAAGAAUGUUUAUUUACUUGGGAAUGAUUUUUACAGACAUGUAUCAACGAGUUCAUGCUUCAAAUCCAUUUGAGAGGGACAGGGGCAGAAGAUAGGCAACGAAAUCCAUGUUAUUGUUGGAAGGAUUGACUGUAGUGAGAAGGGAGAUUUUCCAUUUAAGAAUAGUAGUCUCCAUUUUUCAGGGGCAUAGCUGACGGGGGAAGAGGAGAGGGCAUUGGGUGCAAAUGACCCCUCCAGAAGUCACCAAAAAAGGGUUGCAUGGUCUCCAAAAUUUGCUUGGGUUUAGCAAGGCAUAGCUUUCAUAAAUAUGAAAAAUAUGAAAUAUUUCUAUGCGAUUGAUUAGGGUACCAGCAAACGUUGCGAGCCAUUCGAAAUGGCCCUAGGUCGUGCUUGAGUAGGUAUUACAUUGUAAAUACAUUCCUCGUAUACGCGUGAAUAAUUUUGUCGUGCUGUCAAUUGGGAGAGACCGCCCUAUUGGCUGCUUCAUGUAACUCAAUCUGACCUACCUUCCACCCGCCUUUUGACUACCUUUAAAGGUGGAGUGUACAGGCUCACUGGCGUGUAGAAACUCCUUGACGCAUACCAUUCCAAUCCCGAGCUACCAAUUUCCCUGUGCAGAACUGGGGUUCGCUCAUAGAAGAACGCACAAGAAGAUGAUGAUGUUCCCCAUUCGCAUUUAUUAUCAACAACACGCGAAAUACGUUGUAAAUAUGACAGUGUACAUUAUUUAUGAAACUACAUGUAACAAUAGCUUCGUUAAUCAUAACAUGGAACCUCUAUUAUAGGAUAUA